UGUAAAUUUUUAUCAUCAUUGUUAUCAAAUACUAUACAUUUGUUGUCAUCAAAAAAUAAGUUUUUUUGUGAUUUAAUGAAUAAUUAAUUACUAUUAUAACAAUAAAAUAUAAAUUUUAUAAUUUACAAUUCACAAAUGAUGUCUCUUAAUAUUUCUGCUAAUAAUGUUUGUUUUUUAAGUCUUAAAAAUAUAUUCAAGUAUAAAUUGCAUUCAAAAUAUAUACAUAAAUCUGUUGUAGCUAGAAAAAUUACACCACAAGAAGUAAAUUUAUUUAAGAAUAGAAUGCCACUAUUACUAUUACUUAUAAAUUGUAUCUUUAUAAUAUUGUAGGUGACUGCUAUCCUAAGUUCUAAAGAAUAUUUAUAUGAAUUUGAACAGAAUUGUGGGUCUAUUAAAGCAUAUGAAACAAAUCAACUAGAAUCAAAUGUUCCAAUCGAAGAUGUCCGUGCUGAAGCAAAAUGUCUUUUAACAUCUGGUUGGUUUAUUUAAAUGAAUAAUUUUAUCUUUAAUGUUGUCCUGUGCAUUUCAGGUUGAUAAAAAUUAUAAGUGAUUAAUCAAGUUUGUAAGUUUAUUUAAAUUUAAUUAUUAAUAUACACAGGUGCGUAGCCAGGAUUUUCUCAAAGGGGCGGGGGCUGACCAUAUUAUAUUGGUAAACUGUAUUUAUAUAUAAACUGUGUAGAAUUAUUAUAAUUUCAUGUUAUACCAAUUUAUUCAUAUUGACGUUUAAAAUAUAUAUGAAUGACCUAGCUUAAUUCAUACAAUAUUAUACUGUUUUUAUUAAUAUUUAGAUCUAUGAAUACUAUACAUAUUUACUAUUAAUUAAAGUAUUAAAAAUAGUCUUAUUAUAUCAGUCUAUUUUUUUAACUCAUGUUUUAUAAAGUAUUUCUAGAAAAAUAAAAAAAUAAACAUCUUUGUAAAACCAAUACAUUCCUCGCUCUUCUCUGUAUCAAAAAAUUUUAAAUAUCAAAAACAAUAAUUACAAAAUACAAGCUAAGCAAUUAAACCCCAUUUGUAUUAUUAAAAAACAGUAAUAUUAUAAUACAGUAUAUAGUAUUACUACAUAUAGACAGCAAAGUAUAUAGUAUAUAAAAUUAUUUAAAAAUUACAUAUUCUAAUUUCUUUUUUGUCUUAGCUAAUUGAUUUAAAAUUUCUUUUAGUGUUACUGGUAUUUCCCGAUGAAUAUUUAAUGAAGCCAAACCACUUUAAUAUGUUUUGAUUUAGUGUUACUCAAAUAAGUCUUCAAUAUGUGAAGAGUGGAAAAUGAGCGUUCGGCUGUAAAUGUGGUCACUGGCAAUGUAGCUAAUGUUUCAAUUAUUUUAUGAACAUUUGGAUGUAUCAUAUUAUCACAGAAACUUAAAUACUCUAAAAUAUUAGGAUUAAUGAAUAAUUCAGUUUUCAAAAAGAGUAUCAUAUUUUAACUUCUUGAUAAACUUGCCUAACUAAACUGUAAGUUUUUCAAUAUUAUUUAUAAUUACUUCAGUUUCAAAGUUCAAAAUUCACUAAAAAAAUGUUUGCAAUUGGCAAAAAGAUCUUCAAUGUUUUGAUGGAAUGUGUCUAAGAACGGAAUACAAAUUAUAAAAUUGUACAUUUAUGAAAUAUUCUAUUUCAAUAUAUUGAAGGGUAUCUAUUCAAAGAUUCACAAGGGGGUUGUAACCUGAUAACCUCUUUCAUGGCUAUGCCCUUAAAUAUAGGUACUUUCAUUUUAUCAUGUUUAGUAAUAGGUAUAUUAUGUCAGUUCAGUAUGUAACUACGUAUUCAAUUAUAUAUUAAUGUUUCAAUUGAUUAGGUAUGUUGUUUGGAGUGUUUGAUGGCCAUGCUGGUGCAAGCUGUUCUCAUGUAAUUGCCAAACGUUUAUUUGAUUACAUUUGUGUUAGUUUAUUACCUAAGCCAUUGCUUAUGGAAUAUCUACAAUAUGACAGUAAGCUUGUUGAAAUGCGUAAUGAGACAUUUCAUUUAGUUGGUGAAUUAAAAUCUAUAUAUGCUGAAAGUCUUAAAUCAUACGUACUUAAAUUAAUAAAUGAACGUCAAGAACAUCAAUUUAAAAUGAAAGAUGCAUUGGAAAAAUCAUUUAUGCAACUAGACGAAGAUAUUAUGGCUGAAGCAAGAUUAAAUGUUAGUGGUGAUGUUGAUAAUUUAACAUUAAAUGUAGGUUUGUCUGGAUCAGUAGCAUGUGUUGCUCAUAUUGAUGGACCUCAUUUGCAUGUUGCUUCAGCUGGAGAUUGUUUAGCAGUAGUUGGAGUUUAUACAGAUGAUGAUACAUGGGUAGCUAAGGUAGACAAAUAUUUAAUAACAUCGUUGAGUAUCUAUAGCUUAAUAUUUAUAUUAUUUUAUUAUAUAGGUUAUGGUUGAAGAACACAAUACUGAAAAUUUAAAUGAACUUAAUAGAAUACUUUCUGAACAUCCAGUUAAUGAAAAAGACACAGUGAUAAAAUAUGAUAGGCUUCUCGGUCAAUUAGCACCAUUAAGAGCCUUUGGAGAUUUAAGGUUUUUAUGUUUUUAAGCAAUUUAGUAACAAAAGCAUUUAAUAUACCGUGUUUAAUUAAUAUUGAUAAUUUUAUUUGACAUUAAAACAUAUUUAUAGAUAUAAAUGGUCUAGAGAGAUGUUAUCUGAAUAUAUUCCUAAAUUAGGAGAAAAUAUAAUACCACCAUUUUAUUACACACCUCCAUACUUAACUGCCAAACCUCAAGUCGCUCAUUAUCAUCUACAACCAAGAGAUAAGUUUCUUGUAUUAGCUACUGAUGGGCUCUGGGAUUUUAUGACUCCAUUACAAGUAAAAUAUAAUUAAUAAUAUUUGCUAUAAUCCAAAUAAUUAUUUUUAAAUUUUAGGUUGUUCGUUUAGUUGGAGAGCACAUGAGUGGAAAAGUUACGUUGACACCACUUAAGUUACCAAGAAAAAAUAUGAAAUUAAAGGAAAUAAAUAAUUUAUUGUUACAAAGACGAGAUAGUUUAAAACGAAAACCAGUUGAUGCAAAUGCAUGUACACAUUUAAUACGCAAUGCUUUGGGAGGUACUGAAUAUGGAGUUGAGCAUGCUAAAUUAUCUCAAUUAUUAAAUUUACCAAAAAAUAUUUCUAGAUCAUUUAGAGAUGAUAUAACUAUAACAAUUGUAUAUUUUAAUACAGAAUAUCUAAGACAUCGUCAACCUGAGUAAUGUAUAAUAACUAAAAAGAAAAGAAAAUAUAGUUUUAAAUGGAAUUUAAUUUUGCUACUAAGAAUAAAAUAAAAAUCAUUUAUCUGCGAUGUCUGCCGAUUCUUAUAAAAUUCAACAUUUUGAUCAAAUCCUGAUAAAGUGAAAUAGUUCCUUAGUUAAAUCUUUAAUAUUUUAUGUAUGUUAAAAAGAUUUCAUUUAGUUAAAUCAAAACUUUAUCAAUUUAGUCAUUAAUUAAUAUUUAAUAUGUUAGUAUGUUUUAGAAGUAUCAAAAUAAAUAAAAGUUGGUUUUUAAAUUUAUAAUACAUAUAAUAGUUAUAUUAUCUUUGCACUAUUUGUUAUUAUUAUUUUUUACAAAUAAAUCAUUUUCAUUGCAUAAUGGAGUAAAUUAUUAUAUGAUGUAUAGCCACAAUAUUAUUAAUAAGCAGGUGUCACCUGGUUUCGCUAGAUGGUCUUUUAAUUAAGUUAUAUUGUUUUUGUUUUCAUGUAUAAGGAUGUCAACUUUUUUGUUUGCAAUUUCUUGUGUAUGAUGUUCACUUUUUUUCAGUCUAUCAAAAAAAAAAAAAAAAAAAAAAAAAAAAAAAUAAUAAUAAUAAUAAAAAUAACUUGGUCUUUUUGUUUAUUAAAUUUAGAUUUUAAAAAACCUUAAAAAAAUCAUUUCGAUCAUCAAUUAUUAUCAUGUUUAUGAAAGCGACCAGAACCUGGAUUUUUCCGAAUGUUUCAUUAAUAAUGACAAUCAUUUUUUUUUUCAAAAACACUUAAGUAUUUCAACAUUUGAUAAAAUAUCAAUUUUUAUUAUAAGUAUAAGUGAUCAUGUGUUUACGUAAAUUGAUGUUCGCAAAGAAUGUUACCAAUUUUUACAUAGAAAAAAUAUGUAAUAUUUAAUUUACGAAGGAAUAUGAAAAUUAAUUGAACUACAUAUAAACAAAUUUGGAAAAAUAAAAUCCAGGAAGUUUAUUUGUUUUAAAUUCUACACAUUUUUCAUCUACCUAAUGUUUUAAUUCAUAUAUAUUUCAAAUUAUUUUUAUCUGAUCUUGUUUGGUAUUAAUAAUUUUUUUUUAUAAAUUGUUUAUGAAUUUGCUAAAGCUUAACCAAUAUGAAAUCAUAUUGAUAAGGUUUCAUUAAACAAAAUACUAUUCAAAUUCUAGCCAAUGUUGAAUAUGAAUAAAAAAAUAAAACAGUAAUUUUUAAGAUAAAUUGUGUGUAAUAUAGAUUUCAUAGAAACAUGAAUGUUUAAAAAACAUUUUUAUCAUAUAAUAUAAAAAAAUAAUACUUUCACUAGACUUAAAAUUUGUUAAAUCAAUAAUAUUAAAUAUUUAUUUCUUAACAUAGAUUUUAUAUUAUAAUAGUCAUUAUAUAUUUUACUACAUAAGAUGUCUCAUGAUGAUCUGACAUUUGAAAUAACUGUUGUUUUAUAAAUACUAUAGUAUUUACAAUCAAUAGUUCUAUUAAAUAUUUUUAAAAUAAUUAGUAUACCUCUGCGCUUAUUACAUUUUCUUUAGGUAUGGGAAUUAAAAUAAGUGUUAAAAAUAGUUACUUUGUAAUUUUGGUGGUUGAAACUUUUGUUAAGUAUAUUUUAUACAAUUUUUCGUAAAUGUCAAUUAAUUAUUGUGGUUUACAAGUAAUAAAAACAGUCUACAAAUUAUGAUAAUAUUAUAUUAGGUAUAUUAAAACUCAUGGAAAAGAAAAUUCUUGUUAUUUGAUGACAUCAAAGCAUAUUGUGCUCUGAACACUAAUUAAAUAUUUUAGUAAAUAAAUUACAAACCACAAAUAUAUAACCAUUUGUAAACAUUUCAAAAAAUGAAUAUACAAAUAAAAAAAAUGUAUACAUAGAAAUAAAAGAUAAAUAAAUAAAUGGUUGUGUGUGUUGCUUGGAGUAUUAUGAUAAGUGUAUCCCGGAUACCGGAUACCGGAUAUGACCGGUUUUGAAUUAAAAAUUCAUCAUCAGGUAUAUUAUUGUCAAAAUGUAAAACGUGACUGAAUAUAAAUAAUUAAAUGAAUACAUAAAAAAAAAAAGAUAAAUUACAAAUUGGUCGUUUUAUAUGAAAUAUAGAAAUAAUUUAUUUUAAUUGUCGAGAUUAUUUUAAAAAGGGUUAUUAUUAGACAUAGAUAUGUUCAGAAAUACAAAUUAUUUGGUUAUUAUUUCUUAUCUAAAAUGUAUUGAUAUAAAAUAUUAUUUUUAAAAUCGGUUUGUACAAUUUAAAUAUUAUUAAAAUUAUUUUUCUUUAUUUCAUUGUAUAUAUGUAAUUCUUCUAAAACUGAAUUAAUGUAAAUAUUAUUUUGGGUAUUUAAUAUCAAAGCUUAUAUUAUGGUUAUUUUCUAAAACAUGUUUAGCAAAAAUUAGGAGCAGUUUUAGAGCUUUAAGUAAGCUUUGAUAUUAAUGUACUUAGUAAUAUUAAAUUGUAGAAAAUAAAAUACCAUACUUAAACAAAAGUUUCAACUACCAAAAAUGUUCAAAACAAAUUAUAGUAUAUAUAAUUAAACACAACAAAUUUUUUUUUAAUAUAUUAAAUAUAUUUUGACUGUAUCGACACAGAGGCCGACUACAAAAAUAAAUUAAAAAUAUUGAAUAGAACAAAAGUUAUUUCAAGUGUCAUUUCAUCAUGGGACAUAAAACCAUCUUAAUAAUAUAAUUAUGCAAAGUUCUGUGAUAACAUUAAAAAUAGAUAGGUACAUGGAUUAAUUGAGAAUAAAAUUGGCUAAAAUUAAGAGAAAAAGAUGGACAUACAAUGCACAUGGGCCAUUGUUGUAGGUGAGUAGUUGGGAAGAUAGAAGGCAAAUUUAAUGUAAAUCUGUAGGCAACUAUCGCCUAUUAACUAUUGUUAAUAAAAAAUGAUUCUGAGUGAAGUUAGGUUAGAAGUGUUACUUUGUCAAAAAUAUAUGUUACAUUAUUUAAAUAAUUACAUAUGCAUUAUAUAUUUUCUUUCUUUUUUAAUAAUAUUGUACUUUUUUUUUCCCAUUUAUUGAAUCCACGCAGAAAAGGUGCUAUAUUUGAUACUUCAGAGCAAGAUUUCUGAUAGAAUUUUUGUACACAGUAUAUAUAUAUAUAUAAAAAAAAAAAAUAGUGAAUCAUCACAUCAAGCCAUUGAAGGAAAUUUAAUAAAUAAUUGAAAAAGAAAAGAUACCACGGAAAUGAGUGUUAUAUUUGGUGAAAUGAGAUGGAACCCCUAAUUUAAUUUAAUUUAAUUUGAUCAGAUUAAUUAGACAAGAAAGAAGUAUUGACAUAAUGAUAUGUAAGGCUGGACAGUCCAUUUAUCUGUUAUGUUUUGUUAAUUUACCAUGGCAAAUUAGUAUAAAAUUCAUUAUAACUUGUCAUGUACUAUAGGCAGACAAUUAUUAAUGAAAUUUACUAUUAUAUAAUCAAGUUGAAGCUAGUGACUAUUGUGGCUGGGGUAAAAUCUAUUAAAUGCACCCAGUUUAUAAUAUACUAUUGUUAAUUUAUAGGUUUUGAUAAAAUUGUAUAUUAUUAGGUACUCUUAAUGCUUUACUUCAUUACAACAAUACACAUAGAUAUCAUUUCAUAAUAAUAUAUUCUAGUGUAAAUAAUUAUAUUUUUCAUUCAUUACUUAAUUGAAAAUUAAUUUGUAUAUGUAUAUUUUUAUUUUGCUUAUUUGAGGCUAUUUAGGCUCGUAUAUAUAAACUAUUUGAAAUUGAAAAUGAGACAAGAUUGGAAUUUAGUAUUGACUAUGUUGUCUAUUGAAAAAACAGUGAAAAUAUUAGAUGUAAAAAAUUUGAUGUCAUUGGACAAAAGGGGGAAAAAUUUCACUUUAAUUUUAUCAGUGAUGGAGAAAGAUCAGUGUUAUGAUAGAUGCGAGGUGAGACAGUGGAAGUGACUAUAUAUAUGAUCUAUCACAUCUGUUAGAGGUAAAUUCUUAAAAACAUUUAUUAUGUAUUUGUAUAUUCAUCAUAUUGAGUGAUACAUGAAUUAAUAGUAAAUCUAAAUGUGCACUGUUACAUUAAUUAAAUUAAAGAGAAAAUACUCGAGGUUUAAACCUUUGAGAAUUUGAUCGAAAAAUAUAUAGGUAGGCCAAUCGCUAAUAGACAAUAUAUUACUAGUUACUAAUGAUAACAAUUUCUCUGUUGACUACAGAUAAAAUAGUAAAAUAUGAUACAAUAUCUUUUAUAUUAUAAUAAUGUAAUGAAAAACACAAUUACACUAACAAAUUAUUAUGAACUAAUAAAAUUGCAAAAUUUGUCUUACUAUUAUUAAAAUAAAUUCUUUUAAAUUAAUUUAAUGGACAUUUUUUUUAUAACCUAUUUGAAAUAUUUGCUCUUGGAUCCAUAACACCUAACCCUUUUCACAUCCUCGAGGGAUAUAAUUCCUCAUUGUGCACCAAUUAAUGUUUUAUAUAUAACCUAUAAAAUAUCUAUCAUUUACAAUUUUUAAGUGAUAAUUUAAAAAGAAAAAAAAUUAUUUUAUAUUUCAAUAAACUCCCUCAAAUUGAGAAAUGUUGAGGUAUUUUAAGAUUUUAUUUUUUUUUCUUGGUUACCCUUUGCUGUCUAAACAAAAAUUUACAAAUUAAAUAAAAGUCAAGAAAAUACAUAUAUUUUUUAAUCAAUGUACUAUAAUGAUAUAUCAUUUCAAUCAGUUCACAGAUAAAAGCUACCAGUGAUGGCUUGUGAGCCCACUUAUAUGAAGUUGGAAUUCAAAAGAUAAUUUAUGAAAUUAAUGGUUGGUGUUAUAUAGAAAUUAAAAAAAAAAAAAAAAACUAUUAUAAAUAUAUUUAUAUUUUUUAACAUUAAGUUAAAUAAAAAGUAAGUUUUAGUUUAGGAAGGUAUUGUUUGUAAUGACUUAUUAUUGUGUAGAAUAUACUUUACAUAUGAUAUAUCAAAUGUUGUUAUGUUUACUGUGGGCAAUUGAUUUAUUUAAUAAUUACAACUAGUAGUAGACAUAAAAUAUGAUUAUAUAUUAUAUAAAAAAAUAAAAAUGAUAUUAUUUAUAUUAUUGUACAUCUAAAGUAAAUAAAAUAACUAUGAAGAGGCAUAUUUCAUUGUUAUGCCCACCAAAAUUUUCUAGUAAUCACACGGAAAUUUCCUUGAUAAAAUAUAUGUUUAAUGGAGUAGUAAAUAAGUAGAAAUAUAUAUAACUGAUAAAAAUAAUAUAAUCUACAAUAUUACAAGUUGGAAUAAAUAAUUUAAUAACUUAAAAAAAUAAAUAAUGUCUUGAUCAAUUGGGAAAACUGGUUAGUUAAUAUUGAAUUUGUUUCAUUUAUUUGAACAUUUUAAGCUGACUCACACUUAUUGAGUGACGCGAGCAGGUUUUAUACAUUGGUACAAACUCGUAUAGUUAUUUCAUAUAAACGCAUACAAUUUUCAAAUUUAAACUUAUGAAUUGAUAGAAAAAAAAAAAUUUAAUUUUUAAGUAUAAAACCUGUAUAACAUUAACAUCACUAUCCUUCUUGACCAAAAUCCAUUGUAAAUUUAUCUAAUCUUUUCAUAUCGUCAUCAUUAACUGUUGGUUUAGAUGUAGCCAACGAUCUUAACAUGUCAUUCUAUAAAAAAAAAUAGUUAUUGAUAUAUUAUCUUAUUCAUACAAAUACAAAUUAUAAAUGAUAAGUAAUUACUUACCAUUGAUACUGGUGGUUCAAGAAGUUUAUCACUAGGGACAUCCAUAAAUGACAUUUCAACAGCACCAGGGCUGCCCGGCGAACACGGUGUUAGUAGGUCAUUUACAGUUACAUUUGGGUCUGAUCGACUAGGGCCAGAUAUUUUUUUGAAGUGUGUAGCUGUUUGCACUUUACGUACUGGUUGCAUUAAUGCAUCUCUCACAACAAUACUGAUAUCUGCUCCAGAGUAUCUGUUAAACAUAAAGUGUUUUUUAGUAUUACAAAUUAGGUAUUAUAUUUAUUUUAUAAAACAUAAUACCCUUCAGUUUUAUUUGCUAAUAUCUUAAAAUCAGUUUCACUUAGUACAUGAUAGGUGUUUCCUAAAUUUUGUUUCAACAUUAACAAUCUAGCUUGUUCUUCUGGCAAUGGUAUAUAAAUACGUUUCUCAAAACGUCUACGUAUUGCAGCAUCAAGAACCCAGGGUAUGUUUGUUGCUCCUAAUACAAGUAUACCUUCAUUAUCAGUACCAACACCUAAAAACAUUAAUUAAAUAGUAUGUACACUGAAUACAAAUUCUAUACACUGAUAGAUACAAUUAAAACAAAUUAUACUAAUGAUACCUUGCAUUUGUACUAAAAACUCAGUCUUGAUUCGCCGAGCUGAUUCAGAUUCAUUGUCUGAACGUGAUGAACAAAGCGAAUCUACUUCAUCAAUAAAAAUAAUGCUAGGUUUAUGUUGUCUUGCCAAUUCAAAUAGAUUUUUAACAAGUUUUUCAGACUCUCCAAGCCAUUUUGAUACAAGAUCAGAGGAUGAGACGGAAAAAAAUGUAGAAUUAUUAGCUUCUGUCGCAACAGCUUUGGCUAAAUAUGACUUACCAGUUCCUGGUGGCUAAAAGAGGACUGCCUAAUUAAUUUACAUGGAUAUAGUGACAAGGUUAAAUCUAAUUUACCCCAAACAAUAGUAUUCCUUUCCAAGGAAUUCUUUUACCAGUGAACAGAUGAGGGAAUUUUAUAGGAAGUAUAACUGCUUCUUUUAAGGCUUCUUUUGCUCCUUCCAAACCAGCAAUAUCUGACCAUUUUACACAAGGUUUUUCUACAACAAUAGCUCCUUCUAGUUUAUUCUGUAGCUUUUUUGCUUCAGGGUCAUCCCCAUCUUCAUCGCUAUCAUUUUUCUUGUCAUCAUUUCUUUAAAUAGUCAUAACAAAUUAUUUAUCUUUUCAUAAUAGUGAUUAAUAAAAAAUCUUACUUAGAAUUUGACUCUCCUGCUUUAACUGGUUUCUUUUUAUUUUUUCCAUUUUUUAAAUAGUCUUUAAGUUUUUCUGCUCUUUCUAAAUAUUGUGUACAACGACUGCGUAUGCUAUCUUUAGCUUUUUCUCCUUGAGUUUCAUCUAAACAAACAUUUUUGUAAAGUGUUUAAAUUGAUUAUUAAAUGAUAAAUAAGUAAGAUAAUCAACUAAUAUUGGCUUGAUUAAUAAACUUGAUAGUAUUUAAAUUCGACUGAUUAUUUAAAAUACUGUGGGACUAAAUGUCUAAUAGCUCCUGAGAUCUAAUGUACUAAUAUAAUAUUAGCUAGGGAAGAUGCUAUAAACUUAUGUUUUUUAUGGGAAUGUGUCCAGGAUUCAAAUAUUUAUUAUAUCUAGCUUACAUUUAAGAGCAUGUAAAAAGUAUUCAAUGCCACUUUCAUAUAAUUUCAGAGCUUCUUCGUAAUUUUUAUUGCGAUCUUCUUCAGUUGCUUUAGUUACUAAAUCUAUUGCUUUCUGAAAUAAAAAAAAAAAAAAAUGCAUUUAUAGAUACCUUCAUAAUAGUAAUAACUUAUUUAAGUAGAUUAAUCAAUACAUUGUUCACUGAAUUAAAAGUAUAAAAGUAGAUAGGUAGGUACAUAAUAAUGAUAAGUAAACAAUAAAACUAGGGGAGACACAGGGGCACUCCAUACCUUUAGUAUUUGUUUUAAAUAUGACAGUACAUAUUUUUUCAUUUUCAUUAAAAUUUUAACUUUAAAGACUUAACUAGAAAAAAAAAUUCUACAUUAAACACAAUUAUUUUUGUUAUCAUUUAUUGAAAUUUAUGAUAAACCUUAUGAUACAUUUCACAGAGCUAAAAUAAUUUGAAUUAUAUAAACUCGAAUAAAAACUUAAAACAACUCGAAAAAUUACUAGAAUGUUUUGAAAAUUGUAUCAUAUCUGAAAAUAUAUAUAAGAAUUCUUGUGAAAUUUUUGGCAAAGGAAAUUAUUUUUACGGCAUAAAAAAAAAAAUUGGAAAUAACUGAAAUAUUACAAUUCUUCAUGUUUUUCUUUAUUAUUAAGAAUACUACAAGGACAAUAAAAAAAAAAAAAGCUCUUAAUUGUAUUCAUUGAACAUUUUAUACCAAAAUUCAUUACCCAUAAAAUUGAUCAUCAGAGCAAGAUUUCUGAUAGGAAAGUCGUUUAAAUACAAAAAAAAGUAGUAACAAUCAAAUAGUAGAAUCUAAAACAAAUCUAUACCGAUAAGAACCUAUUAUUCCCAACUUAAUUUUAUAGACGUACGAGAAUAUUUAUAAACAUUUUCUAUUAAAUAUAUUGAUCUAAUUUGUGUGUAAUUUUAAAGGGUUUGAAUAAUUUGAAAGUUAUAAGUAGAAUAUUUUGUAUUUAUUUUUAAUAUGUAUAAUUUUAUGGCGACAAUCAUUAUCUAAAGAAUAUUAUUUCUAAAUAUUGUGAGACUAUUUAUCAAAAGUGCAUUAAAUAUUAUGAAGGAAUAGCAUUUAAUACACACUAGAUUGUAUUACCUGUAAAGUUGCAGAAACGGCCAUAUUACUAGUAUUGACUAAAAUUACGAAGCAUAAUAUUAAUUAUAUUUAAUUUGCAGAUUUAUUUCUUGACAAUAAUGUUUAGUGCUUACCGAUAGUAUUCUCUAUUAAUAUAAAUAUAUAUAUAUAUGUAUCUAUUCACACACUAUACAGUAAUAUAUUAUUCCUAAUUUCGACCAACAAUACAUACAAUAUUAUAUUUCUUAGAAAAUUAAUCUGUUGAUAACGAUAUACCAUUUUGCAGUGUGACCAACAUGAACUGAACGUAGUCUCUUGCCGAGACAACAGAUGUCGUUAUUACGCGAUAAAGGUUGAAAAACCACGGUUUUCGUCUAAUUCAUACGUUUUAACAUUGGAUUUUUGCGUAAAAUUUGUGUGAAAACUAAUAUUAUACAUAUUUAUCGAGCUCAACCGUACUGUUCGACGACGCGGGUAUUUUUCACAAACGGUUCACGUUGGAUGACCUACUUUCCAAAAGGACCGUCCACACGGCAAGCCUGCGGUCUACGUAAGUGGAAUCACAGUGUUGUUGUUUUUUUUUUUUUUUUUUUAUCCUCGUUCACAAACCAAAUUAAUCAUUUUCACUUUUUUUUUUAAUCUUUCCCCCUCGUGGUGUGUGUAGGACAAAAAUCAUAACAACAAUAAGUUCGUCCGCCGUCGAAUUCGUCGUCGCAUCCCUUCGCGUCUCGACUUUGUCAUCCGGUACUCGGCAAUAAUCGUCCGCCGCCGACGUGUACGCACACUCGCACAUCGCUCACGAUACACACACACACACACACACACAUAAACACACACACACACACACGUAUAAUAUUUUUCUAUUAUAUUAUUGUAAUUCGCGGUCGUCCGCACGGUUGCCGUCCUGUGUGCUGUGUUGUGCUAGUGUUUUGUAUACAUAUAUAACACGUACAUAUCCAGGUACAUAAUAUACACCUAUGAUACAUGUAUAAUACAUCGUCCGACGUGUGUGUGUCCGCCGUGAAACACAAGUGCAAGUGAUAAUAUGGCCUACCGACCUACAUUAUUGCCGUUGCGGACAUCGGUCAUCGGAAAUGCCGCUGGACGACCAUGACGGCACAAUUGUCGGAAUACGCGACGUCUGGCCCGUCGAUGGCGGGCGACGACGGUAACGGCGGCGGUAGCACCAGCAGCAGCAACAGCAACGACAGCACCAGCGGCGGCGGCGUCGUCGUCGUUGACGUCAAUGAAUCCGAAGCCGCAGCCGACGCCGUUACAGCAGUAGCUUCGGUCUCAGCAGCAGCAACAGCCGCCACCGAACGAGUCAUGUUGAUCGCGUUCAAAAUAGAAAACCAAACCGACGACGAAGAAGACGCGACGGCGGCCGCCGGGCAACCGGACGACACUGGAAUGGUGGAAGAAAUCGUCGUGGUGCGGACGCCGCCGUUGUCCUCGUCGUUCUCGGACGGCAGCUCAGGUAA